AUGCCAUCAUCACUAUCCUCUUUCCUCCAUAUGGUUCCUCUUCUCUCCCUUCUUGUACUCUCAUGUAUGAUUUGUUCUGUUUGUUCUCAGGGACCACCUUCACCUGGUUACUACCCCAGUUCCAAAAUUAGUCCUAUUAGCUUUAAUCAAGGGUUUAGAAACCUUUGGGGACCUCAGCAUCAGAGAAUAGACCAAGACACAUUGACAAUAUGGCUAGACACUAGCACAGGGAGUGGAUUCAAGUCACUUCACUCUUAUAAAUCUGGAUACUUUAGUGCUGCAAUUAAGCUUCAACCCGGUUACACUGCGGGAGUCAUUACAUCUCUCUACCUUUCAAAUAACCAAGACCACCCCGGAAACCAUGAUGAAAUUGACAUAGAGUUCCUUGGUACCACGCCAGAUAAGCCAUAUGUGUUGCAGACAAAUGUAUACAUCAGAGGAAGUGGAGAUGGGAAUAUUAUAGGAAGAGAGAUGAGGUUUCAUCUCUGGUUUGACCCAACACAGGAUUUUCACAACUAUGCCAUUCUAUGGAAACCCACUGAAUUAAUAUUUUUUGUGGAUGAUGUCCCAAUAAGAAGGUAUCCAAGGAAAAGUGAGGCCACAUACCCUUCAAGGCCAAUGUAUGUGUAUGGGUCAAUAUGGGAUGCAUCUUCUUGGGCAACAGAGGGUGGAAAAUACAAAGCUGAUUAUAGAUACCAACCCUUCAUUGGUAGGUACAGAAACUUCAGACUUGAAGGUUGCACUAGUGAAAGUUCUCCCUCAUGCCAUCCACCUUCUGCAUCUCCAUCUGGGUUUGGAAGUCUGAGCCCUCAGCAGUUUAGGGCAAUGCAAUGGGUCCAAAACAACUACAUGGUGUACAACUACUGCCAUGACCCUAGGAGAGACCACAAUCUUAUCCCAGAAUGUUGA